UACAUUUAUACAGUCAUAUAGUAAGUUGGGACUUAGGAACUUGUUAACAAAUCGGAGACAGAGUCGCAAUCUUAAAGUGCGAAAAUACAGCUUACACAUUUGAAUCAAUGGCGGCUUGUCUGCAACUCAACGCCAAGUCGUAUAGAGCUUUUCUCUCAACAACCUCCGCACCCAAACACUCCGCUAAGCCGGCUAGGAUGAGGUGCUCCGCAGCCUCACCUUCAAAACGCUACUCCAUCACUCUGCUUCCAGGAGAUGGUAUCGGCCCCGAAGUAAUCUCUGUUGCCAAAAAUGUCCUCAACCUCGCUGCCUCUUUCGAAGGGAUUGAAUUUAAGUUCCAAGAGAUGCCUAUGGGUGGAGCUGCCUUGGACUUGACUGGCGUUCCGUUACCUGAAGAGACCCUUUCGGUGGCAAAGCAAUCUGAUGCAGUUCUGCUUGGAGCAAUUGGAGGGUAUAAAUGGGAUAACAAUGAAAAACAUUUGAAACCGGAGACUGGUUUGCUUAAGCUUAGGGAAGGUCUCAAAGUGUUUGCCAAUUUGAGGCCUGCCACUGUUUUACCACAGCUAGUGGAUUCUUCAACUUUGAAGAAGGAGGUUGCUGAAGGUGUUGACCUUCUGGUUGUAAGGGAGCUUACUGGAGGUAUAUAUUUUGGAAAGCCACGGGGCUUUGGUACCAAUGAAGAUGGUGCAGAGAUUGGAUUCAAUACAGAGGUGUAUGCCAGCUAUGAGAUUGAUCGCAUUGCUCGUGUUGCAUUUGAGACUGCUCGCAAGCGGCGGGGUAAGCUUUGCUCUGUUGACAAAGCAAAUGUGUUGGAGGCUUCAAUGUUUUGGAGGAAAAGAGUUAUACAAAUAGCAUCAGAAUAUCCAGAUGUUGAACUCUCACACAUGUAUGUUGAUAAUGCUGCAAUGCAGCUCAUUCGCAAUCCAAAACAGUUUGAUACAAUUGUUACCAACAACAUAUUUGGUGAUAUCUUAUCUGACGAGGCUUCCAUGAUCACUGGAAGCAUUGGGAUGCUUCCAUCUGCUAGUCUUGGGGAAUCGGGACCUGGACUUUUCGAACCUAUACAUGGUUCUGCUCCUGAUAUUGCUGGACAGGAUAAGGCAAACCCAUUAGCAACAAUCCUCAGUGCUGCUAUGCUUUUGAAGUAUGGCUUAGGAGAAGAAAAUGCAGCCAAGAGAAUCGAGGCGGCUGUCCUGGAUACUCUAAAUAGGGAUUUUCGAACUGGCGAUAUCUAUUCACCUGGAACUAAACUGGUAGGAUGCAAAGAAAUCGGUGAAGAGGUAUUGAAGUCCGUUGAUGCCCAGGUUCCUGCUUCAGUAUGAACUAAGGAACUUGAUUAGCACCAAAUAAAGGAAUAAAUGAGUUGUUUGCAGAAGGAGAUCAGCUGAAAACACACACCUUAUUUGAUCAGAAAUGAGUUUUGCAUUCUUCUUUUUCUGCAGGAAGAUUGAUCGGUUUUUUCUUUUAGAAACCAAUGAUUGUUGUAAGAGGAAAGUAAUAGACACUGGAUUAUAGAUUUUGAAAUGCCACAUUUAUGAAUUACCAUCUA